CCUUAGCCCCGCCCCUACAGGCAAGGUGUGCUCCCGGCAAGCGAAACCAGUGAUCUCACGCACAACAAACAGGAUCCUCCUCACAACAGCAGCAGUGUGAAUUCAGAACUGAAGCUCUGACGAGUCUGUAUAGCCAUGCAGGUGGACCGCCGCUGGACGGAGGUUUUUAAAGACACAGAGUCUGAAUCCAAUCCCAGAGACAAGACGUCUCUGACCAAGAAUGCUCCAAUGCCCAUUCAUCCAACCACACCCCGAUCAAUGCCCCUGGAUAUCAGGUUCAAUCACAGCUCUAGAGGACAAUAUAGGCCGUCAUCUAUGCCAUCGAUACCCAAUCCGUUCCCAGAGCUCUGCAGUCCCUCCAACUCCCCAGUUCGGAUUGGCUCCCUGGUGGGAAAUACCACACCUUCUGGUGACGACACCCAUGUGGUGAGAGUGCUCGGGGAGGACACUCGCAGUCGGUCAGUGUUGGUGUCGUCAGGGACGACGGUGAGGGACGUGUGCCAUAUUGUGGUACAGGCAGCUCACUGCACGGACCAGGAGAACUGGGCUCUUAUUGAACAGCACCCUACACUGGGGCUGGAGCGCUGCCUGGAGGACCACGAAGUGCUGGUCCAAGUGCAGUCCUCUUGGCCACAAGAUGGUGACACCAAACUGCUCUUUCGAAAAAACUACGCCAAGUAUGAUUUCUUCCAAAAAACAGUGCAAUACUUCCCGGAGAACAUGAUCUCAGACAGCUCUGAGACCAAGGAGGGAAUGACCUCAUCACAGCACAUCCAGAGUAUGCUGAAGUGUGGUUCAUGUCCAGACAUUCAGGGGUAUCUACAUGUAAGAGAAGCAGGGAAGAAGUCCUGGAAGAAAAUGUACUUCAUUUUACGACGAUCUGGACUCUACUGUUCCACCAAGGGGUCGUCUAAGGAGCCUCGACACCUUCAGUGUGUAGCUGAUUUGGAGGAUCUCACUGUGUACACAGUUUCCAACAGCCGUAAACUCUACGGCUCCCCUAAAGUACACACUUUCUGCAUUAAGUCUUGUAGAGACAGAUUUCGUUCUCAAGACCUUAAACUACUGUGUGCAGAGAAUGAACAGGCUAAAACCUGCUGGAUUACGGCCUUCAGAGUGUUUAAGUAUGGGAAGCAGCUUCAGUGUAAUUACCUGUUAUCCCAGACUAGUCCUAAACUACAGAUCCCACCACGAAAAGACAUCAAGGAGGGUGAGGAGUCAAUGGUAGCCAUGGAUUUCUCCGGGAAGAGCGGAGGAAGAGUGAUCCUGAACCCUCGAGAGGCUCAGAGUGCAGAGCAGGAAGAAGGCUAUAACUGGAGGAAGAGAGAAGCGUUACGCUACAGCUUACCCAGCAGCGUUCCAGGAUCACGAACUACAGCUGUGCAUCAGACACAGCCCUGGUUUCAUGGUGGCGUGUCCCGGACGGAGGCUGAGAGACUUCUGGAAGAGCAGGGUCAGGUGGAUGGGAUGUUUUUGAUUCGGGACAGUCAGAUGCAUGCACAGUGUUUUGUGUUGUCUCUGUGUCAUAAACUGAAGACCAAGCACUACCUUCUCAUACCUUAUGAGGAGGGUGGAAGACAGCACUACACUAUGGAUGAUGGUGUCACUCUCUUUAUGGAUCUGCUGCAGCUGGUGGAGUUUCACCAGAUUAACCGUGGAAUCCUUCCUGUGUGUCUGAAGCACCCCUGCACACGCAUCGCUCUCUAAAUCAAUCAUCUCUCACUCCUCUCCCAGUGUGCCAGUGAAGCAUUCCACUUCUAUAAACCAAACCUUCACAUCCACACUGUUCUGCAUCCCUGCUGACCAACCGAACUCAUCCAGCCACACAUUUAAAUGUCCAUUUUUCUUUAGUAUACAGUUCAAGCAGGAUUCUGUUUACAGGUCAACCACUAGAGAACGCUCUAACAGAAGUAAUGGUGAUUGUAUUUAUUAUCCUUAAGCAGUGUGUACCAGCUCAACUUGUGUGUAAGUUUACCUGCACUGCACAGUUUCAGUUGUCUGCACUUCAGUCACAACAUUAAUUGGAGUUUUGGUUCUUAUUUAGCUAAAUGAGGUGUGUUUGGCUAAGUUCAGACUGUCAGACAAAAUCUGAUCAGAUUUGGCUGAUCAGGAUUGAUGAUGCCAGAAACCGAAGGAAAUCAAAUUUAAAUGUGAUUUUCAACUAGAUUUUUACAGAUACGUCUCAGUCUGCACACCACUUGGGGCGUUUUCACACCAGCAUUAUUUGUUACGGUUAAAACAGUGUUAAAACAGCAAUUGCACUGAAAAUAGAAAGAAAAAAAACAAAAAAAAAAAAGACUCAUGAUAAGUGAUCUUGGUCCUCCGAAGUAUUCUCCAAAGCGCUCUUGUUUGUGGUGAGAAUGUGUUUUGGUCUCGAUCCAAACCAACUAUCAAAUAUUUUCUUUUAUAGUCCUUUUAUUUGCGAUAAAUUGCCGUUCAGGUGCAGUUUAAUUUGAUUUAUCACCUAGAUGAUUACCACAGGUAUAAACAAACAGUAUCGUCUGCUGAUCCAUGCUGUUUUUACACUAAAUGCAGUGUGUGCAGCGCUCACUUCUCGUGUCCAUGCAACUCUGUUUACUAUAUGCUCUGUGCAUCCUAAUGUAAACACUAGUUUAAGGCGCAGCAGCUAAUUUUCUGUGUUCACACUGGUCUGGAACACAGAACCUUCUAGCUGUAUUUAUUUUAUUGCUCCUGCGCUGACAGCUCUGACCAAUCAAGAGAGAGAUAACAUGCACACAAGGUUUGUUGGAGCCCAUUUUGAUGCGUUUAUAUGUGUCUUUUCAAAUACAAAACAAACCGAGGGGGGAAAACGCUCCAAAUGACCAAACUUAUGAACUAAUUCAGACCAGAGAAACAAACUACAGGUGUGAAAACGCCCUUAGACCUUAAACAAAUCUGAUUUGCCUGUAGUCUGAACAUAGUCUUAAACUAUGUGUUAGGCUAAUCCGUCUAGAUUGUAUCCAGAUUUAUUGCUGAUAAUCUGAACAGCCAGAAAACACACUAAAACCAAUUGUUGAAAAGCAAGCGGAUUCUAAUCCCAUUUGGAGGUGGCACUCACAAUGCAACAAACAGCUUUCUCAUCAAGUCUAAAGUGAGGGAAGUUUGGGGUCCAAGAAGAGCAGCAUGGGUUAGUUACUCUACAAUUGCUGACCUUAGUAAUAAAUAGUAAAUAGCAGUACAGAGAGUCACCACAACAGAUCUGAUUUGAGAAACAAAUCCCAUUCACCCGCAGUCUAAUUAAAGCCUUAGAUCAGUGUAAACUGUGCAGUGCAAAUUCACCUUCGUACUGGAGUUGGAAAAUACCAGGCUUAAGGAUCUAAAGCACAUUGUUUGAAAAUUUUUGCACAUUGCUUUACAUAUCAGAGGAGAAUUAAACUUCUCUUUAAAAUACAUAUAUUUAUGAAUAAUAUAUUGUCUACCAGUAAUAGUUUACAUUUUGUUGUGUUUAUUUUAUACACAUGUUUUAUCACUGUAAUCUGCAGGCAGGUAUUUGAAUUAGUCUUCCACUGUCCUUUUUUCCACUGUUUUUUCUUUAUGUAAUGUUGAAUAAACCUUUGUUAAAAAA